AUGGACAUGACUGUGCAGAUGGGGGAGACGGUGAGGGAUAAGACUUUGCGGAAGAGGAAAAGAAAAGUAGGGUUUCAAGUUGAGAAAAAAAGUCAUGGAGCGCCCCCGACACCACCUCCAAUCAAGUCACCCGAUGACUGGGCUCCAUAUCGAAAUCGUGUCGAGUUCGAGACUGCAGAAUUUCUGUACACGCGCAACCAAAUGUCUGCCGGAGACAUCAAUAUCUUAUUGGAUCUUUGGGCUGCAACCCUCCUCAAAUACAACGACAAACCUCCGUUUGCGGACCACCGUGAUUUGUAUAAAACUAUUGACGCUACGCCAGUGGCCCGCGAAACCAAUGUACUACCCUGGAUGGACCAAUCUCACGAUGUCUGGUACCGAGACCCCCAUGAGGUUAUUCAGAACAUGUUGGGGAAUCCGGACUACGCUACAGAGAUGGAUUAUCGGCCCUACCGUGAGUAUUUGACUGAUGGCGAUGAACGCCAAUGGCAGGACUUCAUGUCUGGAACUAUUUCUGAAGAUCCGGAUACACUCGGCUCAACGUUUGUGCCGGUUAUACUCGGAAGCGACAAGACAACAGUCUCAGUGGCGACUGGUGCCAACGAUUACUAUCCCUUGUAUGUAUCAAUCGGGAACAUUCGUAAUAAUGUCCGACGUGCACAUCGUGAUGCCGUUGCCAUUAUUGGCUUCCUCGCUAUGCCAAAAACUACAGAGGAGCACGCAAAAGACUCAAAAUUUCGGAAAUUCCAUCGGCAACUGUUUCAUUCGUCUGUCGCCAAGAUUCUCGAGAACUUAAGGCCUGGUAUGACCACACCAGAGGUUGUACGCUUCGGUGACGGCCACUAUCGGCGUGUAAUUUAUGGCCUUGGACCAUACAUUGCAGAUUACGAGGAGCAGGUUCUACUAGCGUGCAUAGUGCGCAAUUGGUGUCCGAGGUGUAUGUCACAUCCUGACAGUUUAGACACGAAGUCACUGUGUCGUCGACGUGACCAUACAGAAGCGUUAGUUGAAGAGGCAACCUAUGGUGCUUUGUGGAUGGAGUAUGGGAUUGUUGGUGACCUUGUUCCGUUCACAAACGAUUUUCCACGCGGCGAUAUUCACGAACUUAUCGCGCCGGAUAUCCUGCAUCAACUGAUUAAGGGAACCUUCAAGGAUCACCUAGUCAAGUGGGUUGGACAGUAUCUGCAACAUGUCCAUGGUACGAAAGAAGCGGAGAGAAUUCAAGCUGAUAUAGAUCGAAGAAUUGCUGCGGUUGCUUCAUUUGCAGGUCUCCGACGAUUUCCAGAAGGUCGGGGAUUCAAACAAUGGACGGGCGAUGAUUCAAAAGCCCUCAUGAAGGUCUAUUUACCUGCCAUCGAAGGUCACGUCCCAACAGAUGUGGUGCGCACGUUUCGCGCAUUUCUCGAAUUUUGCUAUCUCGUACGGCGCAACAUCAUUACAGAAUCUACUUUAGGUCAAAUUCAGGAGGCUCUUGACCGAUUCCAUCAUUACAGGGAGAUAUUUGAAUCUACGGGUGUUGUCUUCACGUUCUCUCUCCCUCGGCAACACUCUUGUUCCCACUAUGUCCUCCUUAUCCAACUUUUUGGUGCGCCCAAUGGCCUUUGCUCCUCGAUCACCGAGACGAAACACAUCAAAGCUGUCAAGGAGCCAUGGAGGCGCUCGAGUCGCUACAAAGCCCUUGGUCAGAUGCUGGUGACAAACCAGCGCCUCGAUAAGCUCGCAGCAGCACGCAUUGAUUUCAAGAACCGCGGAAUGUUAAACGGCACCUGUCUGUCUGCCACACUCAAGGCAUUAAAACGCAAACGCGCACACACUAUACCCGAGCUAUCCACGGAACUCUCUAUCCCCAAUCUCUACAAUGUCCUCCGCCGCUUCCUAUUCGAACAAGUGUACCCAGACGACCAGCACCCUCCCUCUGAAAUCCCGCUUUCGAGAUGUCCUCGAUUUGAUGGGAACAUCCAAGUCUUUAAUUCUGCAUCUUCGACAUUCUAUGCGCCCAGCGACCGCAGUGGAAUUGGCGGUAUGCGCCGUGAGCAUAUUCGUGCCUGUCCUAUUUGGAGAAACGAGGCGCCCCGGUAUGACUGUGUGUUUGUUAACACAGAUGCAAGUGUUGAAGGGAUGGUGGGCAUGGAUAUAGCGCGCGUAAUGUGUUUUUUUUCUUUCACAUUCAAUGCAGUUUCGUAUCCAUGUGCCGUUGUGCGCUGGUUUGACAAAGCCAGCGACGGACCCGACCAGGACACUGGGAUGUGGAUUGUGACACCUUCGUUUGAUACUGACCAUUCUUUUUCUGUUGGAAUCAUCCAUAUUGAUUCUAUUUACCGUGCCGCACACCUCAUUCCAGUCUAUGGAGCACAGAUCAUUUCACGCGACAUCAAGCACCAUGACUCAUAUGAUGCUUUUCGAGCAUUCUAUCUGAACAAGUUCGCAGACCAUCAUGCUUUUGAGGUCGCAUCCUAG